UCGCGGCGGCCCGAAGCCCUGGGCGAUGUGGGAACCUCUGGAAGUUGGAGCGGCGCUUGGUGGCGCCCUUUUCGUGCUGCUCUUCGCGCUGGGGGUCCGCCAGCUGCUUAAGCAGCGUCGGCCGAAGGGCUUCCCCCCGGGGCCGCUGGGGCUGCCAUUUAUCGGCAACAUCUACUCUCUGGCCAUCUCUGCCGAGCUUCCCCAUGUCUACAUGAGAAAGCAGAGCCAAGUGUUUGGCGAGAUCUUCAGUUUGGAUCUUGGAGGCAUAUCAGCUGUGGUGCUAAAUGGCUAUGAUGUAGUAAAGGAAUGCCUUGUUCAUCAAAGUGAAAUUUUUGCAGACAGACCAUGCCUUCCUUUAUUCAUUAAGAUGACAAAAAUGGGAGGUUUACUCAACUCCAAAUAUGGCCGAGGAUGGGUUGAUCACAGAAGAUUAGCUGUAAACAGCUUUCGCUAUUUUGGUUAUGGCCAAAAGUCUUUUGAAUCUAAAAUCUUAGAAGAAACCAAAUAUUUCCUUGAUACUAUUGAAGCAUACAAAGGUAGCUCUUUUGACCUUAAACAAUUAAUAACAAAUGCUGUUUCAAACAUAACCAAUUUGAUCAUUUUUGGAGAACGAUUCACUUACGAAGACACUGAUUUUCAGCACAUGAUUGAUUUGUUUAGUGAAAAUGUAGAACUGGCUACCAGUGCCUCUGUCUUCCUGUAUAAUGCCUUUCCAUGGAUUGGCAUCUUACCUUUUGGAAAACAUCAACAGCUAUUUAGAAAUGCAGCUGUGGUCUAUGAUUUUCUCUCCAGGCUUACUGAAAAGGUUUCAAUCAACAGAAAGCCUCAAUUACCUCAGCAUUUUGUUGAUGCUUAUUUAGAUGAGAUGGAUAAAGGUAAAAAUGACCCAGCAUCUACUUUCUCCAAAGAAAACCUAAUUUUCUCUGUGGGUGAACUCAUCAUUGCUGGAACUGAAACUACAACCAAUGUGCUAAGAUGGGCAGUUCUUUUCGUGGCUCUUUAUCCUAGCAUUCAAGGAAAAGUUCAGAAAGAGAUUGAUUUAAUUAUAGGCCCCAAUGGGAAGCCUUCUUGGGACGACAAAUGCAAAAUGCCUUAUACGGAGGCAGUUUUGCAUGAAGUUUUAAGAUUCUGUAAUAUAGUUCCAUUAGGGAUUUUCCAUGCAACUUCUGAAGAUGCAGUUGUACGUGGUUAUUCCAUUCCUAAAGGCACAACAGUAAUUACAAAUCUUUAUUCUGUACACUUUGAUGAAAAAUACUGGAGAGACCCAGAAGAAUUCUAUCCUGAGCGAUUUCUGGAUAGCAGUGGAUGUUUUGCCAAGAAGGAAGCUUUCAUUCCUUUUUCCCUAGGGAGAAGACAUUGUCUUGGAGAACAGCUGGCUCGGAUGGAAAUGUUCUUGUUUUUUACAGCAUUGCUUCAGCGAUUUCACUUGCAUUUUCCACAUGAACUAGAGCCAAAUCUCAAUCCCAGGUUGGGCAUGACAUUACAACCCCAAUCUUAUCUCAUCUGUGCUGAAAGACGCUGAACAUGCAUCAUUGUUUUGGGGAACAAGACUGUAUGUAUAUUUGCCUCAUCCCUGAAACUUGUUUAGUCUAAUCAGAGUGUGUGUGUGGACCCAAGUUACAGCAUCAUAAAAUCAAAUUAGCAUAGCCCUGUCUUUAAUAACUGAACUAAAGCAAUACCAAGCAUUAGCUAUGGUUGGUUUUUUUUUGUUUUUUUUUUUUUGCAAGUUUCUAUGAUUUCUAAGGUAGAAAUCUUCAGUCAAGAAAAACAAAGGUGCAAUUGACAGGUUUUGCCUAAGAUGCCAGGAAGGACCAGGAAUGCCCUAAGUCAAGCUGGAUUUUUCAGCCUCUUAUCUGGCACCAGUUUCCUUUCAUACCUUCUUGACUCUAUCUUGUUUCUGUUCUGAGGGACUUUGUUUCCAGUUUCCAGCUCCCUUCUGGACAGGUACCAGCCCAGUUCAAUAGAGAAUUAAGGAGUAAAUUAGAAUCCAAAUUAAUUUGUACUCCAGUGAUAUUUUAGACAUGGGAGCAGAUACAUGAGAAUCAAUAGAAAGAAAGGUAAUUCAGUAAGGUAAGAUAAUUCAGUAAUGUAAUAAGAUAUAAAAUUAAUAUACAAAAAAUCAAUAUGCAGUGACCAAUAGAAUAAGUAUGGAAGACAAAGUACCAUUUUUCAAUAAUAAAAAUAAAAUAUGAGAAAUAAAUAUAACAAGAUGUGCAAAAGAUAAGUGUGAAAAACAUUAGACAUUCCUAAAGGAGCAAAAGGAGACUUGGACAAAUGGACUGUUAUCAUGUUCUUACAAAGAUGUCAGUUCUCCCCAGUUUAAUAUAUAAAUUUGACAUGUUCCUAAUAAAAAUGCCAAUAAGUUUUAUUUUUCCCUGCAACUAGACAAGUUGUUUCUAAAAUUCAUGUGAAAAAGUAAAUAAGUAAGACUAGCCACAAAAAACUCUGAAAAAGAAUAUCUGUAUGUGAGGUUUGCCUUAUCAGUUAUGGGAAUAAACUAUAAAGCUUGAAUAAUUAAAACAAUGUGAUAAUAGCAUGAAUUGGCAGACAAAUGGAAUGGAAAAAGAAGUCCAGGGAUAAAUCCAAGUAUAUAGAGGAAUAUCAAAUCAGUAGAACAAAGAUGGGUUUUUAAAUUUAUGGUAUUGGGACUACUAUAGUCAUUUGGUAAAGUGUAAAAACUUUGAAUCCAUACCACAUACCAUAUGCCUUGAUAUACUCCAAAUGGAUCAAAAGUUUAAAUGUAUAAUGGGAAACCAUCAAAGAACUAAAAGAAAAUGUGGGUGAAUUCCUCUUUAACAUUGGAAUGAAGAAGCCUUUCUACCUGUAAUUCAAAAUCCAGAAGCCAUAAAAAAAGACUGAUAAAGUUUACUUCAUUAAAACAGCAAAAAACUUCUGCAAAGCAAACAACACCAUGAGCAGAAACAAACUGGGAGAAAUACGCAAAUCUGAUUACAAACAAUGGGCUAGUCUCCCUAACGUUACAAGAAUAAAGAAGAGAAAGUUCAACAACCCAUUAGAAAACAACGGCCAGUAGGCAUGAAUGGACAGUUCCCAUGCACAUACACCACUGUAAACACCUGAGAAGAUAACUAUUUUUACUCAUAAUAAAAUAAAUGUAAAUGUGAACUUUACUGAGAUAACCUGUCUCCUCUAGCCAAUUGGCAAAAUUGUAGAAUUUGACAACACAUUCUAUUGGCAAGGUUGUGCUGAAACAGGCACUUACGUCCAAACCUGGUUGAUGAGAAUGCAAAGUCACACGACCCCUGUGAACAGGAAUCUGGCAAUUUCUACCAAAUAAUAGAUGCAUUCACCUUUUGACUGAACAAUCUGUUCUAGGGAAUCUGUCCUAGGGAAUCUUUCCACGUGAACCCAUGGAAAGAUGUAAAAGCCACAUUAUUCACUGAGUAAUGUUAAGGGCCGGCAUCAUUUGUAAUGGCAACAAAAACAAAACAACCAAAAAAAAACCCAGCACAUUUGUAUCAAUAGAGGAAUGGUAGAACAUAAUGGUAUCUCUCCACAACAAAACACUAUAAAACAGUGUAAGGAAUGUAGAAGUUCUCUUUCUCCAGGAUCAAUUAAGUUAAAGCAAAACAAAACAUAAAAGGGAAAACCAAUCCACAGAAUGUGGUAGCCAGCCUCCAAAACAGCGCCCCAGUGAUUCUUAACUGGUAUUUGCAGGUCUCUGUAACCAAUAGAAAAUGAUGGAAGUGUUUGAUACCUAAGGCUUCAUCUAAAGGCAUUGCAGGUUUUCACCUUGGUCUCGGAUUACUUGCUCACCAUGCCAUGAUGACAUCAAGCAGUUCUGAGAAGAGGCCUUUCAACAAUAGCUGGGAUCAACCUGCCAACACUGUGUGUGAGCCACUUUGGAAAUAGCUCCUCCAUCCUUUCUCAAACCUUCAGAUGACUAUAGACCCAGCUGACAUCCAAUUAUGACCUUAUGAGAGAUCUUCAGCCAGAACUGCCCAGCCAAUCUCUUUCUGAAUUCCUGACUCAGAGAAACCAUGAGAGAUAAAUGAUUAUUGCCACUAUGUUUUGUGGUGAUUUCUUAGGGAGCAUUAGAUAACUAAUAUGCAGAACAAUGUAUAAAGUAUGGUCCCUUUUUGUAGGAAAUAGGGAACAAGAAUAUCUAUUUGGUUUUGAACAAAAAUAAUUGUAAAAUGGUAAUUUCUAGGAGACUGUGUGAAAAGUGUAGAUGAGGUUGGAAUGGAAGUGAGACAUCUUCAUGUGUUGUGUUUUAAUUAAAAUGUUGAUUUAAUUAUAAUUUUAAUUAUGUAUUAUUCAAGCCACAAAAAAUUCAAAGAUAUUUUUGAAAAUUAAAUGUCAAGUUUUUAAAAGUACUAAUACCCAUGUUACCUUGGAGGCUCUGACCGUGGGGACUAGGCAUGGGUAUUUUUAAAUGUUUCCAACAGAUUUUAAUGUGCAGCAUAUAUAUUUAUAUAUCUAAAAUAUUAUAAAUAAAUAUAUAUAUAAAUAUAUAUAUAAAUUGUCCUAGAAUAAGCUCUUCUUUGACUUCCCAAAACUGACACAGGCAUUAAUGCUUUAACAGAAAUUCUAAGUAGUCUUAUAACUAAUAAGGAAAUUGAAUUUAUAAUAAAAAAAAAAAAAACCUGUCAACAAAGAAAAUUCCAUGUCCAGAUGAAUUCACCAGUGAAUUCUAGUGACGUUUAAGGAAGAAAUAAUAAGAAUCUUACGCAAGCACUCCUAGAGAAUAGAAAAAGAAGGCACACUGCCCUACUGAUUUUUUGGUGCUAGAGAAACCUUAAUACCAAAUGCAUGUCUAUAUAAAGAAAGGAAAAUUACAAGCCAAUCUCAACAAUUUCACUCAUGAACAGAAAUGCAAAAAAACUAAAUACAUAGACACACACAUACACAAAUAGAUAGUAGGUGAUAGAGUUCUUAGCCCCCACCCCACAAAAAAAUCCAGCAACAUAUAAGGGUGACAUUAUUCCAUGAAUGCAAGGUUAGCUUAGCAUUAGGAAGUUAACCAAUGCAAUUCACCAAGUUUAAGGAGGAAAAUUACUAUAACUAUUUCAAGAUAUGCAGAAAAUAUGCAUGAAUAAAAUUUAACUUCUAUUAUUAUUAGCAAUGUAAAACUUAGCACAUUCAAAAUAGAAUAUAACCUUCUUGAGCCUAUAAACGAUCUACUGAAAAUCCUACCAAACAUAAUAGAAAAACAUAAUGUUUUCCCUUGAGAUUGAGAGCAAGAAAAGGAUUCCCACUACCAAGUUCAGUCUUUACUUGAAGUUGUAACCAGAGCAGUAAAGCAAAAACAAAUAACUAAACAUAUAAGGAUUGUAAAGGAAAAAACAAAGCUGUCAUUUUUUUCAGAUAACAUGAUUGUAUAUGUAGAAAAUACGAGUGUCUACAAUAAAUUAUUAUAAUCAAUAAGAUUUAGUAAAAGUUGCUGAAUACAAGAGCUAAAAUGCAAGACUAUAUUUCUAUUUUUCAACAAUAAAACAUAGUUAUAAAAGGAAAUAUAUACCACUUACAGUAACAUUAAAAAUGUCAAAUACAUGAGAAUAAAAGAUGUGUAAAACCUCUACGCAGAAAACUGUAAAAUAUUAAGUAAAAUUUUAAAGCACCUAAAUAAGUGAGAUAUAUCAUGUUUAUAAAUGAAUUGGAAGACUUAAUACUAUAUAGAUGUCAAUUCUCCCCAAAUUGAUCUGUGUAUUCACUAUAAUCAAAAUAAAAAUCCCAAAAGGUUUUUGAACUUGAUAAGUUGAUUCUAAAAUUUAUCUGGAAAUGCAAAGAGCCCAUAGCCAACACACUCCAAGAAGAGGACUUGUUCUACCAGAUGUCAGAAGUAUUAUAAGGUUAUUAUAGCUGAAGUAGUUAAGAUGGUAUGUAUUGAUUCAAGGAAAGACAAACCAAUGAAAUACAUUAAAAAGCCUAGAAACAGAUCCUCUUAUAUUGAUUAUGGUCAAGUUUGCACUGAUUAUCCUUGGAGAAGGAGGAUCUUUUGAAUAUAUAUUGUGCUGACAUAGAUGAUAGCUAGAUGUAAAAUGUAAAACUUGAUCCCAGCUCACACUGUAUAUAAAAAUAAAUUCCAUUGGAUUGGAAAUCUGAGUACUAAAGACAAGACAAUAAAGCUUUCAGAGUAACCUAUAAUAUUCUUUGAAAUUUGUUCUGUACUUGUUAAAUUGCACUUGGAAAG